GAACGGUCCUUACACAUCCAUCAAAAUCUCCAGGGGGUUGUCAACUACAUCCAUAAUGUCAUGCAGCCCCUUCUGUCUUCCAGCUUUGUUUAUGUACCGAGGCUGACACAGAUACCAAAAGGAUUUGUAGAAAAAGUUGAAUCAGAGAUAGAGCAUUUAAGGCCAGUUUAUAGGAAAAUUCAUGAUGAAGACUUCAAGACGAUAGAUCCUGCCACUUGUUCAGCCUUGGUCCUACCAGAUCUGUGUUUUGUUGGAGAACCGACAUCAUCAGCCCAUCCAAAACAACAUUAUACUCCCACCAUAAGUGUUGAAAUCAAGCCAAAGAAGGGCUUCAUGCCAGCCCCUGAAAGUCUAGUAAAAGGGGAUUCAAUUAAGGGAAAGGUCUGCAAGUUCUGCAUGCAUAAGAAAUUAAAGGAGAAGGAAGGUCGAUGGAACAACAGCAGUAAUUACUGUCCCCUUGAACUGUUUUCAGGGGACAGACAGAGAAUGAAACACGCCCUAUUGUCAUUGUACAGUAUACCACAAAAUAACUUCAAAAUAUUUCAUGAUGGAAGAGAAGUCUUUAGUGAUACGGUAAAAGAAGAUUUAGCAGGUCUUCUGCACUCAUUCUUUGGAGAUUCAGUCAAUGGAUUGACAAAUGGACUUCAGAAACAGCAUGAGCUACAUACAUUUCUAGAUCUGAUUGUAGAUGCCCUCUUGUCUACCCCUGAGGGGACAAAACCUACACAAAUUUGCCAUAUAGAAUCAAAACAAACCACCUCUAGUAACUGUGUUCAAACUAAUGGAGGAUCAGAGGGUAAAGGUCAUGCCAGUAAUGAGGUCAAGGUCAUGAAUAGGACAAAGUUUAGCACUUCAAACGUUUGUGCUAAGAGUAGUUACCCAGAUAUAGAAAACUCUGAAAAUGAUGCAUCAGUGAUGUUGACAGCACCUGAUUCUGUGCUGGGACGAAUACUAUGUACUCAACAGUUAGACGACAUGUCUGAUAUUGAUGGAGUAUUUCCUCUGUACCAAAGAGUCAAAGACCAUCUGAAGGCCCACCCAGAGGACAGGUGUAAAUUUGGAGUAUAUGGUCCGUUCACUAGAGAGUUAUGGUUAGAACCGUGUAUACAAAGUUUAGAAACAGAGGACAAAGACAGUCUGGAAUAUGCUGUCUACAAGGUUAAGCGGUUCAUUGUAUCUAAAACCAUGCAAGAUUGUUCUAUCAUGGUUGCCAUGCAGAGAUGUCCAUCAUGUUCACAGAGCAAGACUGCUGGUGUUUCUCCAUAUCUCACAGAUGACCAUGGUCGUAAGUUCCACUAUUCUGUCAGCAUAAUUGAUCUUGAUCCCAAACCAUUCGACAAGUUAACAAAGUACAACCAACUGGAAAAAAAUAUUCUACAAGCUUACACAGAACUGACAAUGUGA